AUGGGCGCUUUGAAACCAAAACUAAAGCAGGCAUCGUUGCUAUGGCUCGAGGGUUUCAAGGAAGCUUGCUGUCUCCACAGGGUAAUCAUAUACUGUCUCAGAUCGAGCCAACUUCUGAUCCGAACGGGACAAUGUUUUCUCUUAAAUGGCUUCAUUUUCUUAGGAAGUAUCCUUACUCUAAAAUCAGUUAUCAUUCCAACACUAUUGUGGAUAUUACCAGAUCAGUGCCCACAAUUCAGUUCUCAAGAACCAUACUCAUUUGGUGGUGUAUUAAAAUUUUAUUCCUUCAUACGUCUUGGACUCAUACAACUCUUCUAUUAUCCUUACUCUAAAAUCAGUUAUCAUUCCAACACUAUUGUGGAUAUUACCAGAUCAGUGCCCACAAUUCAGUUCUCAAGAACCAUACUCAUUUGGUGGUGUAUUAAAAUUUUAUUCCUUCAUACGUCUUGGACUCAUACAACUCUUCUAUGUAUUAUGGUUCUACCCAUUGUAUGUAUUCAGCUUUAUCAUAAGCACUAUUUGCUAAAUAAUGAUGAAAUGCUAGCAUGCUCAGCCUUAUACUUUCAUAAUUUGGAGACAUGA